AUGGCUAGUACAAGAAGUUUUUCGUCCUACUCAUCUGAAACCGUUGAAGACGACGACGAAGAAGAAGAAUCAGUAGCAUCGCCUAUAAAAACAAUGCAACAACUAUUAGAUGAUAUUGAUAAAGUUAAAGCCAAUUCAAAAUUAACUUUAAAGUCAUUUGAGAAAAUUGAUGCAGGAAGCACGAAAAUGGCUGCUAAUCGUAAUAAUUCAAUAGAAGGUCGUAGACAAAUAAAAACUAUUAUUGAACAUAUACAGACUCUAGAAAGAGAAAUGAAGGCAAUGACUAAAGAAUCAGAUCCAAACUGGCCAGCGAAAACAUUUGAUAGAACAAAAAUUGAUGCAUUAAAUACUUUAUCAAAUCUUAUCGAUGAGUUGAAUCGAUUCGAUCAGAAUCUUGUCAAAACAACUGAAGCUGUCGAGAAAACAGCUCCUGUCAAUAUUCAAUAUUCAAAAAGAUCAAGUUCUGAUGAAACUUCAAAUGGAGUUGAAGACUACGAUUCUAAACUUCCGGUUCGUGAUACAAAUAAAACAAUAACACCGGCUACGACUAUACAAAAAAGAACAUCAUCAACUGACAAGACAGCGAGUGACGACGACGACGACGACGAAGAAGAAGAAGAUGGUGAUGAUGAUGCUGUGAAUGAUAAUCAUCAACUAUUAAAUGAACUCAAAAGUAGAAAAGUACUUCAUGACGAUCAAAAACGUACUGCCGACACUGGCAGCUCGUCUCAAACAUCGAAAUCAUCGCAUGCCAAUCGACAACCAUCAAAUAUUAAUCCACAUGAAGUAUCCCAAUCCUCACCAAUCUUUCAAAAAAAUGCGAUUAAAUUAACUUCAACACCGUUAUCUCAUAAGAAAAUACCAGCUGAUGAUGAUGAUGAAGAUGAUGAUGAUGAUGAUGAAGAUAAUGAUAAUAGUAGUGAAUAUACUGUAUCUGAUGAAGCAGAAGAUGGCGUAGAACUCGAUGAACUUAAGCAAGCACGCAAAAGCAUAAAAAAUGUAGCAGAGUCCGAGUCCGAUUCUCCUUAUGACAAUACUCAUGCAGAAGAAGACGAUGAUUCAGACUCAGCUGACCAGCACGUACAAGAACUUCGAGAAGCAAAAUACUUACCAGGAGAUCAAUUUCGUGUUUUGCGUAAUUUCGAAAGUGUUUACAGCGACGAUUUAACAAUAAAUCAAGGUGAAAUAUUAAUUCUUAUUGAACAACAAACUAAGAAUUGGUGGCUGUUUAAAAACGCUGAAACUCAACAACAAGGCUUGGUAUCUGUCAAUCAUAUUGAAGCACUUUCGCGAGCAAUCAAUAAAGAAUUACGACAUCGGAUAACGUCACCUGUAUCACCAUCCACACUUGUUGACAUCGUUCAAUCAAAAGGUUACAUACCAUCGGGUUUCAUCGCGUCAGAUUUAGCACCAUUAGUUGACGACGAGCAAUAUAAAUUAUUUUAUACUCUUAUGCCUACAAUGACAGACUCCAAUUUAGCUCUAGCUGAUAUUACUUGGGACUAUGAUACAGAUCAAAUACAUACUGAAAAGGUUAAAUAUCAAAAAAUCUUAACUCUUCAAAAAUGUUCAAGAAUACCAAAAAUGAAAAACGACAAAAUUAAAGUACUUAAUUAUUGUGUUCGAGUAUGUUUAUAUGAUGGUUUUCAUAUAAUUUCUAAUAUUCAUUCAAUACGAGCAUUUAAAUCCAAGAAAACGAAAAGACAUCAUUCAACUCAAAGUUGGAUUUUUACAAAAAAUGAUGAUAAAACAUUCGUUGACGAACAACCUAAAUUAUUGAUACGUUCAAAUGAAAUGGAUCCUAAAACACCGACAUAUUUAUUAAUGCAAUUAUCACAGUACUGUGAAUUAAGAACAAAUAAUGAACGAUGUGAAAUCGGUUGUGGUUCAGCGAUGAUUCCGAUUGAUGAUAAUCAACCAUCAAGAAUUAGACGAAUCAAGAGUUACAAUGAAUUUUUAAAAGGUGGACAUUUUUAUGAAUUAAAUGUUGAUCUUGAUUCAAAAUAUAAACAAUAUCAUUCUAUGGGUUUUAAAGGAAAACUUGAUCAACAAAAAAAAGCGCGCAUUCAAUUCUCAUUGGAACCCACAGAUAAAAAUUCUGAUCUAUUGUAUGAUUAUCUACCUGUUACAUCUAUGAUAGUACCAUUAAAUUUAGUAAAAAUAGUUGCUAUUUAUCGACAUGAACUUGCUUAUCAUUUGGAAAAACGUUCGCACGAAAAUGUUUUAUCAAGCGCACCACUUCAUUCAAAAUUUCUUAGUACCUUUUAUCAAACACUUGAACAACCUGAUCUUAUCAAUAUAUUUAAUACAUUAUGUCAUGAACAUAAAAAGUUAAAUAUUGCACAGGAAAGACAGCAAUGCAUUCUAAUCUAUGAAUCAUAUAUCUAUGCGCUUUUAUUUUAUCGUAAAUUAAAACCAUAUAAUUUUCAUGAUGGAAAAGAAAGACGACAACGAAAACAAAUCAUUAGAGAAAUUAUGGAUAGACUAUUACCAUCGAAGAAAAAUACUCAACCAGAUAUUGCCGCAAUAUUACUUGAUCAAAGUUUAACUGAACAUUGGAAACCAUUUACAACGAAUGAAAUAUGUUUUUCAUUACAAAAAUUCGCGUAUAAUUUUGUAUCUUAA